GAUUUAACGGAAUAUUCAACUGCCAGUGCCGUUGUUUCAACGUUAUCAUCAGUUGACAGAAAGUGCUACUGUUUGCAAAAUCGGGCAGGCCAUGGCUUGUGAAUGGAAUUUUGUGGCUGCAGACCUAAAUCUUAUCUUCUCUCUUUAGUAGACAUUGUGGGCAAGCUUUUCCAACUUUAUUCAAUGCUUGUGUGUGUACUUAUGAAAGAUUCCCAGAUUUUUGUUGGCCUUGUAAUUUGCAAGGUUGUGUAAUUUUGGGGGACAUUGAAGGUCAGAUUUUGGGUGGUCUGGAGCUAGAGAUCUCUACAGGGGUGUUAAACAGUUUGUUCAGGCAAAUGAACUAUGGCAUCCUCGAACCAGGCUUACGCAUGCUUUGAUUUGUUAUAUUGGCAGGAUUGAUGAAGUGGUACACAUCGGUAUAUGAGAAUGGAAGAUGUUUUCGGGCUUACUGGGAGGUGUACAUUUUGUCAAUUUUGGUUAAAUUGUGCUUUCCUCAAAAUGCUACCACUUACAAAGUUUUGGAAAGUUUUUGGAUUUUAAUGAAACAAAGAGGUCUAUUCACAAUCACAGCUAUGGAUAGAUCGGAUACAUCAGGUUUUUUGAGCGGUGGAUUGCACAAUUUGUUUUUAUAUCCUGCUCAUAGUCUUUUAGUACAUUUCAAAUUUAUAGCAAUUAUUUAUGCUGAAGUGUAAUUUGGAAAAAUAGAAAUGGAUCUCAACUUAGAGAAUUUCACAUCUCCUGUCAUUACAAGUAUUAUGGCAUCCAACAAUUUAUGCAAUAAAGAUGAUACUUCCCUGAAGCAUGGCCGUCAAGUACAUUCACGUACUCAGAAGAUACAUGAUCACUUGUUUUGUUCAAUAGACAGGUCUGGUUCUGUACCUUGCAAUGCAUCUCUGCCCAAGGAGAUACAAAGGCAAUGUUUAACCUUUCAUGAGGCUCAAUCAAUAUCUCCAUGCUUUGAUGAUGAUUUUGGCUUGGCUCUAGGAUUGGGUUGCAAUAGGUGCAGCUCACUUCCCAAGACAACUUCGAGUGCCUUGGUAUCUUUUGAUACUCCUCUUGGUGGAAGUUUUGGAACAAUGCAACUCGGCAGUAGUCUAACAGGAAAAGUCAGACAUGGUCAGGAGUUGCCUAAUGGAACCACUCUUCAUAACACCAUUGAAGGCCAUCAGAAUGUUGCUUCUAGCAAAGUAUCGAGUAUCUGUACACACACUGGUGUUUCACAAAUUAAAUCAGAGAUGGAAUCAAAAGAUUGUUCUAGGGCUACGGUUACAAAAUCAUUAGACAUUGAUCCUGACAUUCUUCAGUUGGGGCUUUCCACAGCAUCUCCAGAGUUGGGACGACAAACAGUAAUAAAUCCAGUUGUGGUGGUUUCUCAAUCUGAUGGUGCCCUUGUUCAUGGCCUGAGGCAGGAAGCUCAUUCCAAUGGAAUAGAGACUCACAGGAGCACACAGAUUCCUGUGAAUGAGGGUUCCACUUCUGCACAGACUGAAUCCAGGUGUUAUAUACAAUCUUUGUUUAUGGCACCCAGAAUGGAGAAUUCAGGUGCAGAUUCGUUUCCUCAAUUAGGGAUUAGUAGUGUCAUUACUAACCAUCCUCUACAAAAUAGUCCAGAGACUACAAGAACAUCUUGUAGAAUGAUCACUUCAAAUGGUUCUCUGGGUAAUGAAGAAAAGCACAGUACCUUCAAGACAUGCAAAUUUACAGGUUGUUACAAGGGAGCUAGAGGAUCCUCAGGAUUAUGCAUAUCCCAUGGAGGUGGAAAUAGGUGUCAGAAAUCUGGGUGCACUAAAGGUGCUGAAAGUCGAACUGUAUAUUGUAAAGCUCAUGGUGGAGGUCGUAGGUGCCAACAGCUAGGAUGUACAAAGAGUGCUGAAGGAAAAACAGAUUUUUGUAUUGGGCAUGGAGGAGGACGAAGAUGUAGCCACCAAGGUUGUAGUAAGGCUGCCAGGGGCAGAUCAGGCUUGUGCAUUCGGCAUGGUGGGGGUAAAAGGUGUCAAAAAGAAGGUUGCCUAAAGAGUGCUGAGUGCUACUCUAGUCUCUGUAUAUCUCAUGGGGGUGGACGAAGAUGCCAAUAUCCAGAGUGCACAAAAGGAGCACAAGGAAGCACUUUGUACUGUAAAGCACAUGGAGGUGGCAAGCGGUGCACAUAUACUGGAUGCAAUAAAGGUGCUGAAGGUAGCACUUCAUUGUGCAAAGGCCAUGGUGGUGGCAAACGCUGUAUGUUUGAUGGAGGUGGCAUCUGCCCAAAAAGUGUGCAUGGAGGCACCCAAUUUUGUGUGGCCCAUGGAGGUGGCAAGCGAUGUUCUGUUGAGGGGUGCACAAAGAGUGCGCGAGGCAGGACAGACUACUGUGUUAGACAUGGAGGAGGGAAACGGUGUAAGUUUGAAGGGUGUGGAAAAAGUGCUCAAGGUAGUACAGACUUUUGCAAAGCCCAUGGAGGAGGCAAGAGGUGCUUAUGGGACCAAGAAGGUUCAGUUUACUCUCACGAAGUGCAUGGAAUGAAUGGACAAGGUCCUUGUGACAGGUAUGCUAGAGGAAAAAUAGGUCUAUGUGCUGCACACAGUGCUCUGGUCCAAGAUCGUAGAUCCCAUGGUGGCAAGGCACUUGGUCCUGGGACAGGCCCUGGCCUGUUUCAUGGACUAGCCAGACCAUCAAUGGUAAAUGCAACUAUUAAUAUAAUUGAAGCUGGUUCAGUUUUAAGUGAGAGUUUACCACUUGUCACUGGCAUUGAAUGGGAAUCUUCGCAUAAUAAGGCAUCAGGGGCCUCUAAUUGUGUUGUGGAGCAGAGCAUUAACAAAGUUGACAAUGGUGACUUGGAGCCUGGGGCUAAGAAAAAAGAUGGCCAGGAGGAUGAACUCACACUAACUGUCAAGUCUCAAUUUCAGCUGAAAACAAAACAUUUGGCAAAAUGGAAUAUGCACAUGGUUGAAAGGAAAACGGUUGAGGUACCCAGUUCUGUUGAUAGCAUGAACAUUGAUACAGAUUAUGUUGUUGAAAAUGAGGGAACAUGUAGAUACCAGUCAACCUUUGCUCAUCUCAAUAAUGCUACAGGUUUUGACCCCAAUUUUACAUCUGGAUGCACUGAAGUUGUUGGAUCUACCAUUGGAAAGCAGGAUACUUGUAUUGGCUUGCCUUCUGAUCAGGAGAAGACCUUUUAUCAAUUACUAGGAUCGACAACACUUCAACCUCUUAAUCCUCAUAAAGUAUUGGCUCCAUUUCCCAUAAAGGAGGGCCUAAAAACAUUGCAAACUGAAGUUGGCCAUUUUUCACUUCCAGAGGGAAGAGUACAUGGUGGAAGUCUCAUGUCAAUGCUUUCAAGAGGUUUACGGCCUGGGAAUGCAGGCUUUGUGCCAUUUUCACCCAAGGCAUUUGAGUCUGGGAAACAAGCUGAGGUGCAAAGCAACUCAGGAAUGUUUUAAUAUUCCCCACAGACAAACAUCAAUCAGCUUGUAUCUUUGUCAAUAUUUUGAUAUUAUGUAUGCUGCAAAAGCAGGAAAAAAAUUUAAGAAUGACAUCAAUUUCAAGCUGCUUUAAUUAUGAAAGAACAAGCUGACGCCAAUCAAAUUAAUGAUUGACAUCCAUAACACCUGCAGGCAUUGUGUACGCUUAAUUGAGGAGUUUGUUCUCUUUAAUCUUCACGAGGUCUGGAGAAGUUUGGCCUUGUACAUAAUUACUCUUUUCAUGAAUAUCUGGUUGCUCGCAUGUGUACAAAAUUCAUUUAUUUCCAGUUACAAGGUUUGAAUUCACAAUUAGCUACCCAGCAAAGGUCUGAACAUAAUGUUUUCUGUUCUGUCAUACCCCAGAAAUCUGCAUUUAGAUCUUGAAAGAUACACAUCCGUGUAUUCCAAGUAAGGUGCAUAUAUCGUAAACUUUGUAAUUAGCAGAAUCUCACAGCAAGUCACAAACAUUUAUAAGAAAAAUGUAGAAAAGUACUCGAGUGUAACAGGCAAAGGUAAUUGCAGACCAAGUAACUGUAAGUACCCUUAAACAAAAGUUGAGAGUGGAAGUGCAGACUAAUAUAUGUAAGAUACCUAUUUCAUGUAAUUUGAUUUUGCAUUAUCAUC